AUGAAAUCGAAGCAAGAGUCCGACGCAACGAUGUUUACAGUGAAGCUUACAAUGAGAGUACCUCUGCGUGAUCCCGCAGACAUGAACAAGACCAUGGAUCAGAUCUACAAGGAGCGUCAAGCAGCAAGGACUAAGAAAGAAAAAGGUGUGGGCUGCAAGCUGGGAGUGAGUAAGGAGAAUCUAACUUUGUCCAACGGGUCCUGGUGGCCUACGGGUGAAUUCCAGUCGGAUCUACUCUACUCCCAGAUCAUCAAGCACGCCCUGCUGGAUAGGACAGCGAAAGUCAUGCUUAUUAUUUCCUCCAGAGAUAAAGUCCACACGGAAUUUGUCGUCAUUAAAACGAAGGGAGAGAGUCAUGCCCGACAGCUGAACGGAGCCAUUCGAAUGAGGGUUGAAGAAGUUCGCGCAAAGGAGAGGGCCACACAGCCAGUUGCAGUGCAACCUGUUCAGUACCAGGCCACGAGAGGGGAUAAUUCUGCAGAGGAGACAUCUAUUACGCGCACUCGGAAAAAGAGCCGGGCGCCGGACGUGCCUCUCAUCGAAAAAGUUAGUACUGGCAAGCAGAUGGCCGCGGCCGUGGACGAUGAAGGAAGCAGCGUAGACAGACUCACAAGUACUUCCACUAGUGCGGACCUGGACACGAGAUCUGCCUCGAAAAUGCCGCAGAUACCACCAAGACGUACUAAUGGUUACGCGAAAGCAGACAAGGAGUCCAACUCUGAAGAAAGCAUUGGAAACGACCAGUCCCGUCCUCACCACCAUCACCAUAAGAGGGAAGAUAGCCGCGAGCAAGAACGCUAUACCCAGUCUUUUAUUUCUGUCGAAGAGGAGAAGCCAAAAGCACAGGUGAUUGAAAAGCCCAAGACACGCCAAUCAACUCUUUCAACAUCAGAUGAUACCACAUCCGCUUCGAACAACGAGUAUCCACGCAUAAUUCAACCGCGUAGCCUGCAGUCCAUUGAAGAAGAUAGGCGAAACGGUUAUGCGAAGGUGGAGCGAGAAUCUCGACAGAAAUACAGCAGUGCAGCUAAACCUCCCCACCAAUCCUAUCAGAGGAACUCAUCAGAGCCUGCUCUACAUAAUAAUGCUCGUGCACCUGACUAUGAGGACUAUCGUUCCAGGACGGAUACGCUUUCAUCCGUGACCUAUUAUGGAUCAAAUGAAAGGUCAAAGACAGCAGAAUCAUCGGCUAUUCAAAAGCCUCACAAGAGCAAACGGCGAACCAAUCGUGAGCUGAGUAGCCUUACGGGUGCGAAAAAUAGCACAACGGAAGUCGAUGAGAACAAUAUACCCUGGGAGGUAAACAUUUGUUAUAUCAAGCAUGAUCCAAUGGUGGGCUGUGUGGAGGAUGAAAGUGGGCCCAUUUACAUGUACACGGCGCACCAGCUGGUUUCCAGAAACCCAGAAACGUACAGUGCCUGUGAGUCCAUUUCCUGUAGUGACAGCAGCAGCGAGAGUGAGGACGAUUCUAUCCUUGCUUCGGAGAGUUCGGAUGAUGAUGACGAUGGCAACGAGCUGGAACGUUUUAUGAUGCAGGGCAGGGAGGAGAACCCUCGGGGUCAGACACGGACGCUUCCGAACGGUAUGACACGGCAACAGGGAGUUUCAACUGUCAAAUAUUAA